AUCGAGAGGCAAGCAGCAGCAGUGGACGAUGCUGUGAAGUCAAUAUGCUGCUGUAGAUCCCCAAGACGAGGACAACGACUCAGGAGCUGCUGCUGCAUCAAGAAUAGGAGAGACAGAGAGUGACAUGGGUAGGGUAGUGGAAGCAAAAGACGACGAAGAAUGGUGUGAAAAUCCACCAUUCAAGGUGCCCUUUCCACUUGCAAUAUGGGAUUUUGACGAAUGUCACCCAAAGAAGUGCACCGGCCGGAGGCUACUGAGGAAGGGGAUUGUUCGCAAGUUGCAUUUUGAUCAACGAUUCUAUGGUAUUGUGUUGAGUCCCCUCGCUGACACUCACAUAUCGCCCGCAGACAAAGACCUCAUCGCACAGCUUGGCCUCGCUGUGAUCGACUGCUCAUGGGCCGAACUGAAGGCGUCGAAGUUUAGUAUGAUGUACAAUAAGCUCUGGUCCUCCUUCAACCGCUACUCCAUGUUGGAGGGGAGAGAGAACUCCAGUCUCGUUUUCUGACUAUGCUGCUCACUGUACCACGUGGCAUGGAGCUAACGUUUCAACCACACUUCAUGAGGCAAAUGAGCAGAGACGAUCGAUUCAGGAAGGAAGAAUCAAUCUGCUGCAGUUUAGAAAUUAUCUUUUUGUGCAACAGUCUCAACUUCUAAUGAAAUUGAAUCGCGGAUACGAGAUUAUUAGGCAAACGUUUACACUCCCAAGCGAAUGUCUUGUUGAGAUUAGAGCACU